CGAACAUCGUGCGCGGUCUCCGUCUUUCUACCUAGCCGGCGAACGUUGCUCUGCAGAGGCCGGAAUCUGGAAUUCCUCGCUGGUUUUUGCCUGCCUUUAGAAUUAUAAAUUCACCAUCGUAUAAACCAGAACAGAGGAGGUAAUUCGCCGAUCCGCUAUUGUCAUCCUCCUGAAGCAGACACACAUUACCGUCAUUCGCAGCUAUCGUCACCGCCACCCAUUGCUAGCAUUCUCAUCUUUGGCAUCCAGAUUAGUUCCCGAACUCCCCCUUCUUAGACGUGGCUCAUUCAUCACGGGUUUUCCAACUCCAGUUCAUCGAAUUCACUUCAAAAGGUCUUGGGGAAAAGGCAAAUAUGGGUAUCAAACAAGCUUUAAAGAGUAUUGAUGCUUUUCCUCGUGCGGAAGAGCACUUGUUGCAGAAGACACAAUCUGGAGCAGUUGUCUCCGUUAUUGGUCUGGUCAUAAUGGCUACAUUGUUCUUGCACGAACUGAAGUAUUAUCUCACCACAUAUACAGUCCAUCAGAUGUCUGUUGAUUUGAAACGUGGUGAAACUCUUCCUAUCCAUAUAAAUAUGACAUUCCCAUCUUUACCUUGUGAUGUUUUAAGUGUGGAUGCAAUUGAUAUGUCAGGCAAACAUGAAGUGGAUCUUGAUACAAACAUAUGGAAACUUCGCAUAAAUCAAAAUGGUGAUAUUAUUGGUACUGAAUAUAUAUCUGAUCUUGUUGAGAAGGAGCAUACAGCUCACAAACAUGAUGGUGACAAAGAACAUCAUGAGUCAGAAAAGGCUCAUACUCAUAGUUUUGAUCAAGAUGCUGAAAAUAUGAUCAAGAAUGUGAAACAAGCAAUGGCAAGAGGGGAAGGAUGUCGGGUUUUUGGUAUUUUAGAUGUCCAAAGAGUUGCUGGGAACUUCCAUAUUUCAGUUCAUGGUUUAAACAUUUUUGUUGCACAACAGAUUUUUGAAGGAUCUAGUCAUGUGAAUGUGAGCCAUAUGAUUCAUGAUUUAUCAUUUGGGCCUAAGUACCCAGGAAUUCAUAAUCCACUUGAUGGAACUGUACGGAUCCUGCGGGACACAAGUGGAACAUUCAAGUAUUACAUAAAGAUUGUCCCAACUGAAUACAGAUAUUUGUCAAAAGAUGUUUUGCCAACUAAUCAAUUUUCUGUUACGGAAUAUUUCGUCCCCAUGAAUGAAUAUGAUAGGACCUGGCCAGCUGUUUAUUUUUUGUAUGAUCUUUCGCCAAUCACUGUGACAAUUAAAGAAGAGCGCCGCAGUUUUCUUCACUUCAUCACUCGGCUUUGUGCAGUACUUGGUGGUACAUUCGCUCUAACAGGAAUGCUAGAUCGGUGGAUGUACAGGCUUCUCGAGUCAUUUACCAAGUCAUCAAGUAGGAGCAUACUUCGGUGACUUUCUGGAGAGAGUAAUUCUUAUUGACCAUUCCCAGGGAAUAUUCAGUUCAUCAGAGCAGUAUUCUAUAGUUCUGCAUUUUGAGUGAGAGCCUGAAUCUAGGGCACCAAAGCGACAUACCCCCAAUUCAUAAACUUAUGUAAUUUUAUGCCUAACCUGUGGUUUCCUGUCAUUUAAUUGGCGACUGUUCUGAUUAGUAACAAUUGCUUUUCUGUUUCCAUGUGUUCCAUGUGUCAAAUUACAUAGUUCUACUGUAAUAUAAGUUCAAACUUUUGUUGCAA